AUGCAUGACCGAUCCGACCCGACCCGCAAAGGGGCUUUGAGUUGGACCCCUUCUCGGCUCCACUCAAUCUUGGUAUAUCUAGGGUACCCCCGCCAAGGGGAAGAGAGGAAUGAGGACCUUGUGUAUCGCCCAAGCCCGUCCGAGUCAGUCAUUAUGCGUCUGCUCUCAAUCAUCGGAGUUGCGACUCUCUCCAUCUCGGGGGUUGCCGCUACGUUAGCAAUCGACGGGGAGCCGAAUGUCAAUUCCACUCUUGUGCAAGAGCAUCUCAAGAACCGCGAGAAGCUGAUUGCGUUGGAAAAGACCCAUCGCCAGGAUCAUAUCUUCCGCCAGAGUCUUUCCCCAACCGCCAAGCGCGCGGAUGAGAUCGUUCAGACAAUCCGCCAGUAUGAAAUCGACAACUACUGGCGGGUGGCCGGUACCGAUGACGGUGAGGUCGCUGAGCGAUUUCCGGGAGAGCCUUUCCCCCUUGCCCGGCCAUUGAUCGCCAACACGACUCUCUGGGAAGUGGUCAAGCGCAUGCCCAAGGGAGCUCUUCUCCAUGCCCAUCUGUCGGCUAUGCUUCCAUUUGAGAAGCUGUUGGAGAUUAUCAUUCAGACUGAAGGGAUGGAGAUUUCGGCAUCCCAGCCCCUCGACACCGCGGAAGCGAAGAAGAACGCCACAUUCACCUUUUCGCAUAACAACGGCACUGUCUCGACUGAGGAGUCGAGAAUUGACUCUGCUGAUUACACUCCAAACACGCAGAUCCCCAUCAAAACCGCCGUGGACAACUUUGAAGGUGGCCAAGCGGGCUUUGUUGACUUCGUCAAGAGCAGAACAACCAUUCCACCUGAUGUGUCGAUCCGCCACGAGUUGGGUGUUGGUGAGAUCUGGAGACGGUUCCAAGCCUGCUUUGGACCAACUGACACCAUGAUCCAGUAUGAACCAGUUGUGAGAAAAUUCUACCAAAGACUUUUCGAGGAUCUUGCCAACGAUGGUAUCAACUGGGUGGAAAUCCGCAGUGGUGGUUCAAGUGGAAAGCUGGUGCACGAUGGUGACGAAGAAGUUGACCCAGACCUUGAUGCUUGGUGGCAUGUUUUGGUUGAAGAGAUCGAGAAUUUCAAGGCCACAGAGGCUGGUAAAAAGUUCCUGGGCGCAAGAAUCAUUUGGUCCGAUGCGCGUGGAAAAGACCGCACUAGGAUCACUAAGAGUAUGAAGAUUGCCCUCCAGAGAAAGCAAAACUUCCCCGAGCUCUUCAGUGGCUACGACCUGGUUGCCCAAGAAGAUCUUGGCCGCCCUCUUUCUGAUCUGGCACCCGAGCUUGUGUGGUUCCGUGAGCAAACCGAGGCUUUGAACCUCACUAUUCCAUACUUCUUCCAUGCUGGAGAGACUCUUGGAGAUGGUAACUCGACAGAUCUCAACCUGUUCGACGCCGUAUUGUUCAACACACGACGCAUCGGCCACGGAUUCUCGUUAUAUAAACACCCGAACCUGAUCAAUCAGGUGAUUGAGCAGAAUGUCAUGGUGGAAGUGUGCCCCAUCUCAAACGAAGUGCUUCGCUUGAAUGAGGAUAUUCUCCACCACCCACUGCCGGCGAUGAUUGCCCAUGGUAUUCCUACUGCCAUCAGCAACGACGACCCAGCUAUCCUUGGACAAGACGUGGCGGGCCUGAGUUAUGACUUCUAUGAAGCCAUUCAAGCAUUUGACAACAUUGGACUUGCCGGUUUGGGCUCUUUGGCGCAGAACAGUUUGCGUUGGGCAAACUUCGAAGACCAGUCGGACAAAGACUGGAUUCAAGAUAUUGAUCGUGGCGCGGAUGGUACUAGCACCAAGGCGAAGCACAUCCAAGCUUGGAACCAGGACUGGGAGGACUUCUGCAAGUGGAUCGUCGACGAGUACGGUUCGAAGUACUAG